AUGGCUGAUGCUAGACAUUUAUUGGUAUUAAACUUAAUGGCUCCUGCUCUUGCAAAAUUUCCACCUUAUACAGGCCAAGAACCACCUAAUGAUUACUUGAAUAAAGUUAUUCAAUUAUGGGCAUAUCUUGAAGGGCAUAUGAUAGUUCUUGAAAAUGCAAAUGCAGGAGAUUUUGACAAUGCAGUCAAGUAUAAUAUUUUAAAAUCUAUAAUGGGUGGAAAAUAUAUUCCAGUACUAGCAAAUAAUAAUCUUGUACUUUACGAUACUUCUGAUACCUAUGAAGCCAGAAUUCGACCACUAUUAUUAGAAGUAGCAAACAAUGAUACACAACUAGAGCAUGAACAAAAUUUUAGUGAAAGAAUCCCAGAGGAAUUAAGUCAAAUUGCCAAUCAAGUGCAAAUCUUAUCUAGUAUAAAUCUAGUAUCUUAUUCUUUACCACUAGUUACCCCAGCUCCUCAACAGCAAGGGCAUACAAUUUCUUUAGAAAAUAUGCAAAAAGCAAUUCAAAACACACUAGCACAGCAAAAAACUGAAUACUAA